GCUAAAGAGUGUCAAAGUUUUUAAAAGAUACUACCAGCUAAUGAAGUAUCGCUUCUGUGGAAACAGUUGGCCCCAGUGGCAACUUAUAUAAUCACUGGUGUGAUUGCGCGAUCCGUGAUGUUAUUGUAGCAGGAGAUACGGGAAGAGCAAAUAUGAAGUGCGUGGUUUCAUGUUGUUAGCAGUGACAGUGGAAUAUCUGGCAGCUUAUGGCAUAAUGGUGUGCCCGAAAAUUAAUACCAACAUUCUAGUGCUUCCCGUGCAAAAUUUCAUCAUCUUUUUCGAAGCGAGAUAAACAACCGAUGUUGUGUGACAGUAUGGUCAACUAUCAGCUGAUAGGAUAUCAGUAGACGGAAGUGGUACUUGAGAGAUCAGUGUUUUUUAGCAAGUCAAGUGGUGGGUGCCAUCUGCCAAGCAGUUGGAGUACUUUUUCAAAAUGCCAUUGUCCCAGGUAGCAGCUGUCGCCGUGUCCCGCACCGGGUGGUAGGCGGGCGGUCCGGCCUUGCGGGAGACAAUGAGUGCGGAGGCCGGCACGGCUCGCGCGGGCGGCUGCGCCGAGCGCCCCGGGACUCCCGGUGCGGAGGUGCAGUGCCCGCAGCAGUACGCCGUGCAGGUGGCGCUCGUCACGAUGAAGGAGCGCUGCCAGAAGCUGCAGGAGCGCCUCAUCUCGCUCGAGAAGGAGAACGCCACGCUGAGGGCCUCGUCCGCUGCCGCCGACGGCGGCCGGACUGCCGGCAGUGGCGACCCCGCGUCUGCCGUGGAGGCGAAGCUACGAGAAAAGGUGGUGCACCUACAGAGCCAGAAGUCCCACCUGACUCACCAAAUCUUCAUCGUGGCGUCGGAGAACAAGAAGCUGUUCGACAGACUGUCGCGCCUGACGGAGGCCAACCGCUCCCUCGGCAGUCACCUGUCCCGUAUCUCGAACACGCUGAACAGGCACGACACAUCCGUGUCUGUAGAUUUCAGUGACUCUGUGUCCGUGCCGGGGGAGAAAGUGCCGACGGAAACGGUGGCGAACGCCGUGUCGCGGUCGCUGUCUCCCUCGGACCUCAGUAGCGUCAGCCUGCGUCCCGACCCCGAAGGUGCCAGAACUGCUGGAGAACGAGGUGUUAAAGAAGAAAGCCUUGAAGAAAUUUCUUCAAAAUUGAUCCAAAGUAUUUUGCAGGCGAAAGCUGAUCUACAGAGCCAGUACGAACAAAUGGUGGAGCUGCAGAGCGACCACAGCGACGAGGGCCCGGCGUGCGACGGGGCUGCCUCUCAGGCUGCGGUCCGCAACCUCGGCUUCUCGUACCGGGCGCACGAGGCGGCCGGCGAAGACGCGUUGGAGGAAGCGGAGGAGGAAGUCCGGGUGCUGUCGGAGAAGCUGGCGGCGGCGCGAGACGCGCUGCGCCGCCAGCAGGUCCAGAUAUGCGCCCUCUUCGCCGCUUUCAAUUCGCGGAAAGUGUGGUGCAAGGAAUGUGAGGAGCGGCGACAGGAACAGGGCCAGCUGGAUAGCCUGAAACUCUGGGGCAGCGGAGAUGAACGUGCGUCCUCUGCUGACGGCACUGAUGACCACUCGCAGCAGAUGACCGAAUCGCACAACGUAUCCGAAGUACGACCGCCUCCAGAUUCCGGUGCUACAGGAGCGACCGGCGACGUAGUGUCGGCCGGCACAUCCACCGUUUCGAGGUACACGCAGUGCCCACGAGAGGAUUUUAUGGCACGGCCGAUACGACACGAGUUACCCGAAGGAGAGUCGGAGCUGUGCGAGAAACUGUGCCCCCUCUGCUCGAAGGUGUACGGGCCGGAAUAUUCGUUUGAGGAGUUCCAAGAGCACGUGAUGGACCACUUCCCAGAAAAUGAUGAAGACGGAGAGGUGACUGCCAACUACGUGCUCCUCUAGCCCACUGUCGGCCGGAGUGGCCACUUCAGCUUUUGCAUUCCACCGUGUGUUCUAUCAUUUAGGAACACUCGUCUCUCCUUUCCGGAGGAGGGCGCAACUCUGUGUCGAGGCAUUACGUGACUUACACUAGUUGUGGUGAACUUUCGGAGUAGAAACCCUAUGUGACGUGGGCCUCAAAGCGGUGUAUUCGGUAGACUGUAUGUGAGGUCUGGGAUAGACAGACAGAUACUGAAGUCACAGACCUGUUUGCAAUGGUGCUAAAUUUAUUUAUGAAAAGGUUUCAACAAAUAUAGCUUAUCUUAAUACCAGAUGUAUCAUAAAGUGAAACAAGUUUUCAAAUUUAUGAAGGUAAAAGUUUUGUGUGUUUUUAAGAAGCAAGUGUUUCAUUGUAAAUUGUUUGAAGCUGUGAAACAGUAAUACACUUAAUUCAAUAUUUGUCAUGUUAUACUUUUCCAUGUGUUAAAUUGUACUUAUUUUUAUUUGUUAGUGGGGAUCUGGUAUGUCCUCCCUCCUUUUAUGUCUUUCAAUUUCAUGCCUGUGUGUGUGUUGUUUUCUCUGGUAGAGGAAAUGUGUUGCAACAUCUUAAUAAUGUGUCCAUAAAGUCUGAUAUGUUUUAUUGUGAAAGUUGCCUUACUGCCCAUUUCUGUGUACAGCACACCUCAUUUGCAACUUGUGUGUAUGAGGUGAAGAAGUCAUUACACUGUAGUGAGUGAAUGUGUGUGUGUGUGUGUGUGUGUGUGUGUGUGUGUGAGAGAGAGAGAGAGAGAGA